UUCUUCACCUUACAGGUUUCUCGUUCAGCUCUUUUGUGCGUGCCAUGCUGCGUCCCCCACAAUAGCUGCCGACGACCUAACCUGCCUGCCUACCACCACGCGCCCGCGCGCGCAAGCACAAACCCUGCAGCUCAAAGCCAUGGACGCGCCGCGGCCACGGUCGCCUCCUCCUCUGUUCAUGCCAACCGCGCCUUCCCCACCACCACGGCCACCGCUAUCCUCCUCGCCCUCCCCCGACUUCUCCUUCUCCUUCUCUCCGUUCCCUCCAUCGCCUCCACCUUCUCACGUCCACCCCCGCGUCCUUCCGCUUCCGGCCGCCGUCGACAUGUCCAGGAGACCCAUCGGCCGCGUCGGCAGCGACAUCAGCCAUAACAACUACGCCAAAGCCAACCAUCGUCAAGCCACGAGCCACAGCAGCUGCAGCAGCGAUGACAGGGACAGGGCCAAGGCCAGGGCGUCGCCUUUCUUUCCCGGCCUCGGCGGCGCGUGGAGAUCAGGCGAGGGCAGAGACGACACGGCCGGCAAGGCCGAGGAGGACAGGAAGAAGGUGAAGGGGAAGAGAGGGCCGCUGGAGGUGGGCCAGCGGGUGAAGAAGUACAUGGCGUCGCUGGUGGAGCAGCUGCUCGCCUCCUUCUCUAGGCACGGCGAGCGGGACAGGCGGGGGCAGCGGCGGAGGCCGCACACGUUCUCGGUGAGCGGGCCGGGCGCCGCCGCGACGAUGGAGCGCGAGCGGUGGAGGCAGCGGCGCGGGCAGCUGUCGUCGGCGCCGGCGUCGCUGCGUGCGUCUCCGGUGAACAGCGGUCACCUGUCGGUGGGCGGGUCGCUGGUGAAGGUGUCGACGUCGUCGGAGGAGAGCACGAUGGAGGAGCUGCAGAGCGCCAUCCAGGCCGCCAUCGCGCACUGCAAGAACUCCAUCGCCGUGGCCAAGCAGUAGUACGUAGACUAGACUGCCGGGGCCGGCCGGGGCACAGCCAGGCUAGUGUGAAUGGUAGGGUAGUGGCGUGGCGUGGCGUGGUGUGCGGCCUUGCACCCUCCCGACGAUCUCCAUGCGUGCGUAUUGCUUCCGAAUCAGAAGUUCUCGGUGGACAGGUCGCGGAUGUGAACUUCACUCUGUUCCAUAUAGUACUUCCAUCUCAGAUUUUCUUGCUUGCGACUGCAAAGAUGUAAACAAUAUUACUAUGGAAAAUAGGCAAAAUAGGUAAUGAGCAUUUUUUUUGUGUGCGAGUAAAAUAGGUAGUGAGCAUGUACUAUGUCUUUGCAAGAUUUUUCUCACUAAUACUUC